AUGAAUAAUGCCUCUGCUAUCUCUGUGGUUUUUCUUUCAGGUUUAAACGACACGAGGAACUACCGACCAGCUCUUUUCUUUCUCACUUUGCUGUGUUACUGCUUCAUAAUCCUAGUAAAUGUUUCUCUUAUUCUGAUAAUCAUCUUGGAGAAGAGCCUCCAUGAACCCAUGUACAUUCUACUGUGUGCUUUUUGCAUAAACAGCCUUUAUGGGACUACAGGUUUCUACCCUAAGUUUCUGUGGGACUUGUUAUCUCCUGUUCAUGUGAUCUCUUAUUAUGGAUGCUUGAUUCAGGCUCAGGUCAUGUACUCCUUUGCGUGCAGUGAUCUGUCCAUCCUCUCCGUGAUGGCGUAUGACAGAUAUUUGGCCAUUUGCCGCCCGCUGGAGUACCACUCUCUCAUGUCAAACCAGAAUGUUGUUCUGUGGGUGUGUUUCUCUUGGUUUACACCCUUUUGGAUUGUGGCUGUGAAUAUUUCUCUGACCUCCAGGUUGAGGUUGUGUAGCCCGCAUAUGUCCAGGCUCUUCUGCGUGAACUGGAGUAUCGUCAGGCUUGCUUGUCCACAGGAAGAAACAACUGCCAACAGCAUAGUUGCAAACCUGACAAUCAUUAUCUAUGUAUGUCAUGGGUUAUUUAUUGUUUGGUCGUAUAUGUAUCUUGUCAAAAAUUGCAUCAAUUCUCUUGAAAACCGAGCAAAGUUCAUGCAGACUUGUGUGCCUCACCUGAUCUCCCUCCUCACCUUCAUAGUCACCAUUCUUACAGAUAUUAUGAGUUUGAGACUCAGUUUCGAUGAUUUACCACAAACUCUACAAAAUUUGAUCGCUCUGGAAUUUCUUCUGAUACCUCCCAUCAUGAACCCUCUCAUCUACGGAUUUAAGUUGACCAAAAUUAGGUACAAAAUUAUUAAAUUAGUCACUUUUAGGUUUAAAUAAUGUUCACUUUGCACCACAGAAACAGUGUUGAACUAUAAAUUUGAUGUAUGCAAUAUUUGGGUUUGAAAAAAAGUCGCGUUUUUAUCAAGGUUUGAAAGUUAAAUAGCCCUGUAUUCUCUUCAAAAUUGAAAGAAACAAUUAUGUUUUAUACCAGCUAUAUACACAUCAACUUUACCAAUAAAGAGUUUCCUGGAUGACAAUCUUAUUUUUUUUUAACUUUAUUGUUAUUAUUUUUUUCUUCUUAUUAUUAUUUGUAAAAAUGUUUGAAAUGGUGGAUACUCCUGAAGCAGGAUGUGCAUGUUUGUUUCUUAAAGCUUUUUACUGUAAUAAACAGAUUUUAAUGACAAUAAGGUUUAAUCAAAUCUGAGAAAAGCAGGAAUGUUGAGGUAUUUUUGUGAUAAAAGCGAUUAAAAAUAUAUGAGAGGUUUAAAAAUACUUUUUGCAACAAAUUCUCAUUUUUUUAGCAGUAGCUUUUUAUUGUAAUAUAUGAUCAUUUUGGUAAUAUUUGUUGAGGUUUUUGUUAAAUAACAAAUCCCCUAUGUUUGAGGUGCGUAUUUGUUUUAAAAAAUCCUAGCUGCUGCUGUCCUCCUUCUUCAGAAGAAAAACACGAUGUGAGACGGUCGACGCGGGAGUGUCUGAUUUCCCACAGGGAAGGCCUGUUUUCAUGCCUUUUCUUUGAGUCUCUAGAUGAACAUGAGUGAAUCACCAACCACACUGUGAAUUUAAAACAAUGCCAAACAUGUAAGAUUACUGCAUAUGCAUGGCAUGAUGUCAUAUAAAAAAAGAAAACAAAUGUGUCACAGCGUACCAUAAAUUAUAAGGUUUUAAAAAGAAAUGCUGUUAUAUAUGUUUUAUAAUAAACAAUAUGUGCAGGUGUCAGCAUGGACAGUAUAUUAGAACUGGACAUGACUCAUGGGAAUCCCUUCCUUGUGGCUUCAAACAAAUUGAGUCCAUUUAGUUGCCAUUUUAUUCAUACAGACUCCACCAUGUUGAAACCAGAAAUCGUCAGUAAGCAGAUUGGUACAAGUCAACAUUUCUAUAGAUGUGUUUCUCUUGACUAUGAAACUGUGCAAACUGGAUUAAUACAUUUGCCUAAUGGAAACAUAAAAAUUUAGAAAAGAUUAGCAUUUUUU